UCUCUGUCCCGGGACAGUCUGGCCACGUACUCCUGGAGGAAGGACAGCGGGGAGCUGUCUGACCUGUCCAAGCAAAAGACGAACAUACUGGUGUUUGAGGCCCUCAACAAAUCCGACGACGGGACAUACAGCUGUGAGGCUAGAAACAGCAUCGGAGCCGGAGAGGGGAGCUACACACUGCAUGUGCAAGAGCUCUCUCCUCCCUCUCUCACUCACCCCAUCAGAGGCACUCUUUCUCCAGACAGUCUGCCACACUCCCCCACUUCCAGCGAGACACACAUGGACACUUCAGACAUCAUAGGUGCAGAUCCGACGGCUAUGCCCGCCUCCUCCAGCAUAGACCACGCUGUGAUUGGCGGAGUGGUGGCGGUCAUUGUCUUCAUCCUGCUGUGUCUGUUGAUAGUGCUGGGACGGUACUUGAUCCGACACAAAGGGACGUACCUCACCCACGAAGCGAAAGGCUCUGAUGACGCUCCAGACGCCGACACAGCCAUCAUCAACGCCGAAGCGGGCCAGUCCGGAGCCGAGGAUAAGAAAGAAUACUUUAUCUAGAGACGGGGAGAGGGAGGGGAAGAGGGAGAGAGGGAGAGGAAGGGAGGCAGAGAGGGAGAGAGGAAGCGAGGCAGAGAGAGAGAGAGAGAGAGAGGGGGGGAGAGAGAAUCGCUACACGCGCGAAACAGCACGGCCGAGAAUGAAGAAAGACACACAGCUCAGGCUAAAAAAAAAAACUAAAAAAAACUGCAUAUGAACAGAAUUUUAUUUAACGUGAUGUAAUCAAAAAAAAAAUGAUUGAAAAG